CCCGCGGGUGGUGGCGGGACGCAGCCGAGCCGUCGCGGGUGCUGGGGAGCCCGGGACGAGACGCAACCAAAGCGCGGGUCCGUGUCUCUGCUUGUUUUGAACAGCCUCGCCGACGGGUCUGCGCGAGACGACGCGGACGACCUUGCGCUGUCGGAAGCUGCCAGCGAGAGCCAUCCAGCGCCGAGCAUGGAGGACGCGGGGGAUGCGCCGGAACGGGAUCCUGGGAUAGCGGCGAGCGACACACCGCCGCCAGCCGCGGAGAGCACAGCGGCGUUACGAGACGAAGCUGCGAGCAGAGCCGCAGGAUACGCCGGCCAUGCUCCCGCGGAGACUCGGGCCGGCUCUUCAAGUGAAGAGAUGUAUCUGUCCGACUCAGAGGGCUCGGACAGCGCAGCAGGGGAGGAGAGAGCCCCGCUCCCUGGAAAGUGCCCUCAGGCCGCUCCUCUGCACGCAGCUGGCGGCCACGAGGAACAGGAGCUCGGCACCGAUAGCUGCCCGGCAGGUGAACUGGCAGCCCUGCUCUUGCCAAAAGCCCAAGGGGAUGAGGCUUCGGAGCUGGGUAGCAAACCCUUGGAGGUGGCUCCCGGCGGUGAGAACGGGGUUGAAAACGGCGGCGCGGCACAGGACUCGGACCAGGAGGCCUCAUCCCAGAAGCCCUCCCAGAACAUUGCAGUGCAGACCGACUUCAAGACGGCCGACCUGGAGGUGAACACAGACCAGGAUAUUGAAAAGAACUUGGACAAAAUGAUGUCAGAGAGGGCUUUGCUGAAGGAGCGCUACCAGGAAGUGUUGGACAAGCAGAGGCAAGUGGAGAAUCAGCUCCAGGUGCAGCUCAAGCAGCUCCAGCAACGAAGAGAAGAAGAGAUGAAGAAUCACCAGGAGAUCCUGAAGGCCAUUCAGGACGUGACAAUUAAACGAGAAGAGACCAAGAAGAAGAUGGAGAAGGAGAAGAAAGAAUUCUUGCAGAAGGAGCAGGACCUGAAAGCAGAGAUCGAGAAGCUCUCUGAGAAGGGCAGAAGGUUACUGAAGGAGCAGGAGGAGAAGGAGAAUAAGAUUGCUUCUCUGAUCGCCGAGCAGUCUGAUGAAAAGCAGGUCUGGGAGGAGGAGCUGGAUAAGCUGAAGAACCAGCACAAUGACAUUAACAGGAACAUCCUGGAGGAGACAGAGCGGGCUUGGAAAGCGGAGAUCUUGUCCCUGGAGAGCCGGAAGGAAUUGCUUGUGCUGAAGCUGGAAGAAGCGGAAAAGGAGGCAGAGCUACAUCUGACAUACCUCAAAUCUGCGCCCCCAACACUGGAGACCAUCCGGCCUAAGCAGGAAUGGGAGAUGAGGCUGAAAAGGAUACGGAUGACCAAGGAAAACGUGCGGGACCAGUUCAACGAUCACAUCCAGUUGGUGAGGAACGGCACAAAGCUGAGCAGCCUGCCGCAGAUCCCCACCCCCACGCUGCCGCCGCCCCCCUCGGAAACAGAUUUCUUGAUGCCGCCAUUCCAGCACAACCCGUCGCUCACUCCUCGGCUCCCGUUCCCCAUCGGGCCAGUCCCAGUGCCCAUGGUCAUGCCCAGUGCAGAUCCUCGCGCGCUCUCUUUCCCGCUACUCAAUCCUGCAAACUCCAGGUCCAAUCAGCCCUCGCCACCGCUGCCAACCUCCCAGGGGAGGAACAGCCCAGUGGUGGCUUCGCUUAUUGGUACCCAUGGCUCUCACAUGACGCCCGCUGCUUCCAUCCCGCCGCCGCCAGGUCUGGGCGGUGUCAAGGUCGCUCCCGAGUUUCACAGGCCGCAGCCCGCCGACAAGCUAGAGAAGCUCUUGGAGAAGCUCCUGGCUCGGUUUCCGCAGUGUAACAAGGCCCAGCUGACCAACAUCCUGCAGCAGAUCAAGACCGCACGGACGACCAUGGCAGGGCUCACCAUGGAGGAGCUGAACCGGCUGGUGGCCGCAAAGCUGGCAGAGCAGCAGGAGAGGGCGGCAGCGGGGGCUCAGCCACUUGGCCGGAUCAGGACCCCCAUGUUUCCAGCUCCGCUGCCCCAGAUCAGCAGCCCCAUGUUCCUGCCGUCAGCCCAAGUGACCUACCCGGGGACACCGUCGCAUGUCCCCGCUGUCUGCAAGCUGUGUCUGAUGUGCCAGAAGCUCGUGCAGCCCAGCGAGCUCCACCCGAUGGCCUGUUCUCACGUGCUGCACAAGGAGUGCAUCAAAUUCUGGGCACAAACCAACACAAACGACACUUGCCCCUUCUGUCCAAGUCUCAAAUGAUGGCCAGCUAAGCACAGAUCCCUGCUAGAGGCGGCGCUGGGACUGCGCAGGACCGGUUUGAAGGUUUCUACAGCUCUAUAUUUAUAUGACCAUGUAUACACAUGUACAUUUUUAUUAUAUAGGCAAUGUGUGUAUAGAAAGUCUGUAUACAUAC